CGCUGGGACCCGGCCUGCUGCUGCCCGGCCCGGCCGUGGCUGGCAUGGGCAAGGGCAGCUUCGGCCUCAUGCGGCUGUGCCUUCAACUGCCUGAAUCCCCAGCUGCUUCCCAUCUUCCGCUCUUUCUCCCUGGCCCAAAAUCAGAGCUCCACGUUGCCAUCAUUUCUGGAAGACCUUGAAGACAUUUAUGAUGUCAUCAGAAUUGUGGGUUUUUUUAGCCAGCAUUUCACGUUUCUGCCCAAACUGUCAAAGUAUGCGUUUUGCACUGCAGUUCUCCCCAGCUUCUCGUGCACCUCCUCACUGGCAGAACGCAGGAAACUGAAAAGUCCUUGGUUUAAAGAAGCCUGACAAAUAGAAAAAUACAACAAAGUGAAGAGAAAAUUUACUUCAUGAGAACAGAGCUCUGCUUUCAUUUGCUUUUAAAUUUAUUUGUAUUAGUAGUUGAUUAGUGUCAGAUCAUCUCUGUAGUCUGCUGUGGUGAAAUUACUAGGUUAAGUCUGGAAAAAAUGAAACAGUUAAAAAGAAAAAGAAAAAGCAAUUUUAGUGUUCAGGAAACUCAAACUCUCCUUAAGGAAAUCAGAAAAAGGAGAGAAGUACUCUUUUCGAAGCAACUUAAUACAACAAUUAAUGAGAUGAAACGGAAAGCUUGGGAGGAAAUAGCAGAGUGUGUGAAUGCUGUAGGUGAAGGAGAGCAGAGAACAGGGACAGAAGUGAAAAGGCGAUACCUUGACUGGAGAGCACUCAUGAAGAGAAAACGUCUGAAUGCAAACAUCAAAGUAGUAGGUGCUGGGUUUCAUCUUCCUUCAUCCAAUUUAGAUGACUCUCUCAAUGAAGACAUGGAUGAGAAAAUGGGAUUUGCAAUUGAAUCUAGUUUUGAGUGGCAAAAUAUCACUGACUUCAGAGAAGCUGGUGGAUCUUUAACAGAAAUCAAAGUAGAAGAGGAAGAGGAAGACCCACAGAAUUUUGAAUUUCCUAUUGAGGAAGAAGAAGAAAUAUUGUCAUCAGUUCUGCCAGAUUCAAAAAAGGAAAAUGACCUACCAGACUUCCCCCACAUUGAAGAGUUUGGAAAUCUGAGCUCUGCUCAAGCUAGGCUAGCCUAUGAAGAUUCUCACUUGCUUAUAAAUCUGGAGAAGCAAAAGGUGGAGCUGGAGAAACAGCGACUGGACAUCGAAGCCGAAAGGUUGCAAGUGGAGAAGGAGCGCCUGCAGAUUGAGAAGGAGCGGUUGCGGCACGUUGACUUGGAGCGUGAGCGGCUUCAGAUUGAGAAGGAGCGACUUCAAUUAGAGUGGGAGAAACUCAGGCUAGAGACUCUGCAUGCUGAAAAACCUGCCCUGGAAAAUGACCUCACCCAAACAGAAAAACCCAUCAUGCAGCCUCUGGAUCUGGAAACUGAAAAGUUAAAACUUGAAAAAGAACGUUUGCAAUUAGAGAAAGAGAGGCUGCAGUUCCUAAAGUUUGAGUCAGAAAAGCUGCAGAUUGAGAAGGAGCGCUUGCAAGUGGAGAAGGAGCGCCUUCGAAUUCAGAGAGAGGGUCACUUGCAGUGAACAUCUCAGCUAAGGUGUCAACAUUAGUGUUUUGAUGUUUCUGAAUUAGAAGUAGUUCUUUCCUUGAUACUGAAACUGUCCUAGAGGCUUAGCAUUCUUCUGUUCAGAGUUGAAUGUUGAUGUUAAACUGAAAAAAAAAAAAUGGUGCUUAAUAUGUCAGUGUGCCUACAUAAAUGAUCUUAUGCGUGAAGUUGCUUUUCAAUGUAUCAGAACUUAGUGUUACGUUCUCUUGUCUUCAGUAUUGUGCAGUAUUAGUUUGGUGUCCUCCCCUCAUAGAGGCCUUGAGAAGAGUCCAUGCUGAACCUUGUACUUUUUGUCACUGUACUAACAGGAAGGAAGGAUCAGAAUAAAUCAUCGUUUGCUGCAAGGACAUAGUGCUGACGAUAGUCUAUAUGGUAAAGGAGUACAAUUUCAGCAGAACACAGGAAUACAGAGUCAUUAUGAGAGCGAUUCAUUAAAUUUUAUUCCCUCCCCCUCUUUUUUUCUCCAUCCCCAUAAUUGGGAAAAACAGUUGAAGAGUUAUCUAGAAGUUAAAGUGCAAGUUAAAUUCAUUGCAGUUGUGUUGACUGUUGUUCCAUGGCUUGAACUGAAUGGGAGUGCAGAAAAUAGGUUUGAGUUUUUAUGGUGGUUUUUUUUUUGUGACAUAUUCAUACUAGGCAAAGUUACACACCAGCCAUACAUACUAUAAGCUGGCCUGUUGGUUUCACUAGGCCAUUAAUAAUGCUGUAUGGAGUAGAGCACCUGUGUUAGCAUAGGACAGGGAUUUACUGAUUGUUCAGGCAUGCUGUCUAGUGAGUCUGAUGACCCCCUGAAGGAAAUUGCUAGACCUUGUUUGUCCUUGGAAGGCAGUAGCUGGUGAUAGGAAUCUCAGAAAUGGAGACUGAGCACAACCCAAGAACCUCUGAGUUUGAACGCUUCUACACUCAUUGCUGGUUCUGCCUGGCCAGCGCCAAGGUAGCCAGAAGACACUUCUGUGGCUCUCUGUAUAAUAUAUUUUAAUUAGACAAACAGAAAUGGUUAGUGCUGAAGGCUAACAGCUGAAGGCUGUUAGUAUUUUUCAUAGGCAAUGUAGUCAUAUAACAAAAAGCAAAAAAAAAAAAAAAAACGCCAAGGAAGGAAGGAAACUUUCUAUUAUUUCAUAUGUGUUUAAAUCCCAAAUGAGCCAGACUUCACCUCUCUCAUCUUUCUGCAAGUAACUGUCUUGUUAACUCCAUUGGAAAUGUAGAACUGUGGGAAAAAUAAGUCUAAACAUAUGUUGAGUGACUUAGGUGAAUUUGUGUGCAAGUAAAUAAUAUUUAUACCACUACAGGUUUACUUUUAUUCUGCAAAGAUUAUUUUUUUAUUACUGAAACAAACGUGCUUCUACAGUGGAAAUAAAUUCGACUACUACACUCCAAAA